AUGGAGUUUGCAUCUUUCAGCAGGGACGCGCUAGAGUGCUUUUGUUGUCCACUUCUGCAAGAGAUUGAUUUCCUCGUUCAGUACACAGAAAACAUAAACAAAUUCAGAGAUCAAGCACAAACACUGAACGCUGUGGUGGCGGACGUAAACUAUUCAGUUCAGCAGGCCACAGGAAAUGGAGUGGGAAUCAAAAAUGAAGUCCAAGACUGGCUACGAAGAGCCAAUAAUAAAGCCACUGAGGCGCAAAAUCUGGAGAAUGAAGUCCGAGCGAACCAGAGAUGCGCCUGCGCUUGUUGUUCUCCUGCUUGGCUUUCACGCUACAAUUUGAGCAAGAAAGCUGUUAGUAUUGCCGGAGAGAUGGGUGUCAUUUGUAAAGAAAAGAAUUUUGAGAGUGUGUCUCUGCCUGCACCACCCCCUCCAAUUCCGGAACCUGCAGCACCAGCACCGGCCAGUCAUUUCAUGUCAUUUCAAUCCACCCAAAAUGCUAUGGAAUUGAUCUUGAAAGCUGUGAAAGAUGACAACAACAACAUCAACAUUGUCGGGGUUCACGGGAUGGGCGGUGUGGGCAAGACCACAAUGGUGAAACAAGUUGCGGAAAAGGUCAUGACUGAAGGUCUCUUCCAUCGUGUGGUGAUGGCCACUGUGUCGCAGACUAUGAAUCUCAAAAAAAUUCAGAGUUCCAUUGCGGACGGUCUAGAACUCUUUUUGAAAAAGAAGAGUGACGAUGGGAGAGCAAAUGAACUGAGGGCAAAAAUAAUGGCAGAAAAAAAAAUUCUUAUAAUUUCGGACGAUGUCUGGGAAAGGAUUGAGCUAUCUAGCAUCGGAAUUCCGUUCGACCACGACCUUGAGGCUUGCCAAUCGAAGAUCUUACUGACUACAAGACGAGAACAUGGCCUUCCCUUAGCACUCGUAACAGUGGCAAGGGCUCUGGGUGACAAAGAUGAGGAAGAAUGGAAAAAGGCGGCAAGGCGACUUAAAAGGUCAGUAUCUCCAAACCCUGAUCAUCAAGAAAAAGUUACCGAGUGCAUUAAGUUGAGCUAUGAUUUUUUGAAAGAUCGGGAAGCCAGGGCAUGCUUCUUGAUGUGUUGUCUCUUUCCAGAAGAUCACAAUAUCAGCAAGGAAGUUUUGGCGAGGUAUGGGAUGGGGCUGCGCUUGUUUCAUAAUGUUGACACAUUGGAUGAAGCAAGAGGAGAUGCUGAUACCUUCACCAAAAAUCUCAUUGACUCAGGAUUGUUGUUAAAGUGUGAUGAGGAUGGAUUUGUAAAGAUGCAUGAUGUUGUACGUGAUACAGCCAAAUUGAUAUCAUCAUCAGGAAAUGAGGAGCUUUUCAAUUUUAUGGCACAAGCUGGUUCUGCUUUAGAAGAGUGGCCACGCCGAGACACUCAUUUUGAAAGCUACACCGCUGUCUCGGUUAUGUUCAAUGAUAUCAAAAGACUUCUUGAUGAGCCGGUAUGCCCAAAACUCCAAACCUUGUUGUUGCAGGAAAAUAGAAACUUGAUAGAAAUCCCAAGUGGGUUCUUUAAUAGAAUGAAUACCCUUAAGGUGCUGGAUAUAAGUGGGUUGCCGGUAGUAUCACUUCCACCAUCAAUUAGACUCCUAGAAAACCUUUGCACCUUAUAUUUGGAUCGUUGCAAGUCAAAAGAUAUUUCCAUAUUAGGAGGACUCAAGAAACUGGAAAUACUUAGCCUCAAUAAAUCUCUUAUCAAUACCUUCCCAGGUGAAUUAACAGAAUUGGCUGAGUUAAGGAUGUUAGAUAUGUCAUCUUGA